UUGGGAUUGCAAAUCAGAACAUUGGGUUUGUGUUGUGACAACAGUGAGAUUGUAAUUUGUACACACCACUGAGAUUUCAUGGCAGCCCGUGUAUUCCCUCCGAAGAAACUCCUAAAAAGCUUUGGCAACUGUUACUUCUUCUCUAGGCCUUUCAACUCUUCUUCUUCCUCUCCCUCUUCCUCUUCCAUCUCCAUCAACCACAGCACAGAAAAGCUAGAAUCCAUUAUCCAAAAACAACCACCACCACCACCACCACCCACAAACACAGACACUUCUCUCAACCUCCAUGAUGUUGAGAAGCUAUUCUCAUCCGUACCAACCACCAAGCUCCUACGAGCCUCAGCCAACCUUCACUUUGCAGCCAUGGAGUCUAUGGUGGAUUUUGGGAUGUGGGUCAUGAAGUCCAAGCUCAUGGACAUAGAGGUUUUCAGAGAUAUCGUGUUGGGUGUUGUGAAGCACACGUUUUAUGAGCAUUUUUGUGGUGGAGAGGAUGCUUUGGCCACCGGAGACACCGUGCGGAGGCUACACCGAGGUGGCGAUGGGCUCAGAGUCAUGCUUGAUUAUUCUGUGGAAUGUGUCAGUGACAACCAGUCUUGUGAUCGGAACUUGGAGGCUUUCCUUCACACUGUUGAGAUAGCCAAGUCUCUUCCACCAUCUUCUGUGAGUUUUGUUAUUGUGAAAAUAUCUGCUAUUUGCCCCAUGAAUUUGCUUGGACGGGUUAGUGACUUGUUAAGAUGGCAACACAAGAACCCUUCUUUCAAUUUGCCAUGGAAGUUGGAUACCCUCCCAAUUUUGUCUAGUAUAAGCCCUACGUAUCACACCCUCCAUAGGCCAGAACCAUUAACAUUAGAUGAAGAACAUGAUCUCCAACUAGCACACCAGAGACUAUUAAAAAUAUGCCAAAAAUGUUUGGAAGCCAAUGUCCCUUUGACGAUUGAUGCAGAGCAUACACCAGUUCAACCUGCCAUUGAUUACUUUACCUACUCUUCUGCAAUUAUGUACAACAGAGAUGAUAACAUAAUCAUGUAUGGGACAAUUCAAGCUUACUUGAAAGAUGCAAAAGAAAGAUUGUUGUUAGUAACAAAGGCUGUAGAAAAAAUGGGAGUUCCAAUGGGGUUCAAACUGGUGAGAGGAGCUUAUAUGUCAUAUGAAAGAAAACUAGCUUCAUCCUUAGGCUUUGAGUCUCCUAUCCACAAUAGCAUACAAGAAACUCAUGCAUGCUACAAUGACUGUGCUUCUUUCAUGCUCGAUAAGAUUGCCAAUGGUCCUGGUGCACUUGUUCUUGCAACUCAUAAUGUCGAAUCAGGGGAAAAAGCAGUGGCAAAAGCACACGAUUUAGGUGUUAAAAAGGUAAACCAAAAGCUGGAAUUUGCACAACUAUAUGGAAUGUCAGAAGCCCUUUCCUUUGGUUUGAGGAAUGCAGGAUUUCAAGUUAGUAAGUAUAUGCCAUUUGGCUCCAUGGAGAUAGUUAUACCAUACCUUCUGAGGAGAGCUGAAGAGAAUAGAGGGCCGUUAUCUGCUUUAACCCUUGAUAGGCAACUAAUAAGAAAAGAAUUGAAGAGAAGAUUAAAGGCUACAGUUUUUUAAGGUGUACAAGAUGGCUUUGAAGUUUGAACAACACCAAACUCAAAUAAUGGCCUAUAUUGUACAAAUAUUUUUAAAAAUAAUAAUUGAUAUUUACUUAAUGGCA